AUGAAGACAGAGGUUCUAUUUUGUAUUAUUGUUUCGGUGGCGAUGAUGGUGGGGCUUGCUAACGCCCAAAGUACUACAAGCACCACGGCAGCCCCCACAACAGAAUCUCCGUCAGUUCCCCAAUGGUCAUGGACGGAUUUCUUUAAGUUUUUCAACAGUAGCAGCAGUAAUGGAAACAAGUUUUACUUUUUCUUCUGAAGCUAUUUUUGCGCUUUUAUAUCCCGAGAAAAAAUCUUUAUACACCUGUGUGUUGAUUUACUUGGCCAAAUAAAAAAUAAAGACUAUUAGA